AUGGCGUUGUUCCUUUUCUACGAAUCUGCUUCAGGUUUUGCACUGUUUGAGGCUCACGGAAUCGACGAAAUCGGUCACAACACCAAUGCCGUUCGUAAAUCCGUUUCGGAUUUGAACAGGUUCGGCAAGGUCGUCAAGCUUCGCUCCUUCAAUCCUUUCACCUCAGCACUCGAUGCACUUAAACAGUGCAACGCCUUCGGAGAAGGCUUAUUGACUGAUGAACUUAGAAUUGUUUUGGAGACUAACUUGCCUAAAGUGAAGGAAGGUAAGAAGUGCAAGUUUAGUUUAGGUGUAUCAGAACCUAAGAUUGGAUCACAGAUAUUUGAAGUCACUAGAAUUCCUUGUCAAAGUAAUGAGUUUGUGCAUGAACUGCUUCGUGGCGUGCGCGUACAUUUUGAUAGGUUCCUUAGUGAUCUCAAGUCAGGGGAUAUGUUAAAGGCACAACUUGGUCUGGGGCAUAGUUACAGCAGAGCAAAGGUGAAAUUCAAUGUUAAUCGAGUUGACAAUAUGGUCAUUCAAGCAAUAUUCCUUCUUGAUACACUUGAUAAGGAUAUCAAUUCGUUCUCCGUGAGAGUCAGAGAAUGGUAUUCCUGGCAUUUUCCGGAACUGGUGAAGAUUGUCAAUGAUAAUUAUCUGUAUGCCAAAGUUGUAAAAUUUAUUGAGGAUAAAUCAAAGUUGUCUGAAGACAAGAUCUCUGGCUUAACUGAUGUAGUUGGAGAUGAAGAUAAAGCGAAGGAGAUUGUGGAAGCUGCCAAGGCCUCCAUGGAACAGGAUUUGUCCCCAGUUGACUUGAUUAAUGUGCAACAAUUUGCACAGAGGGUAAUGAACCUAUCUGAGUACAGGCGGAAGCUGUAUGAUUAUCUGGUUGCUAAAAUGAAUGACAUUGCACCAAAUUUGGCCUCUUUAAUUGGUGAAGUUGUUGGUGCGCGUCUAAUUUCCCAUGCUGGUAGCCUUACAAAUUUAGCUAAAUGCCCCUCUUCAACACUUCAAAUCCUUGGUGCAGAGAAGGCCUUGUUCAGAGCAUUAAAAACAAGAGGAAACACUCCCAAAUAUGGUCUGAUAUUCCACUCUUCUUUUAUUGGUCGAGCAUCUGCUAGAAAUAAGGGCCGAAUGGCUCGAUAUCUUGCAAACAAAUGUUCCAUUGCUACACGGAUUGACUGCUUUUCUGAACAGGGUACUACUGCUUUUGGAGAAAAACUCCGUGAGCAAGUUGAGGAGCGACUUGACUUUUAUGACAAGGGAGUAGCCCCUCGAAAGAACAUAAAUGUAAUGAAGUCUGCUAUUGAAAGUGUUGAAAAUAAAGAUACAGAGAUGGAAACAGAAGAAGUGCCUGUUGAAGUUUCAGGCAAGAAAGCGAAAAAGAAAAAGCAAAAAGCUGCUGUUGCAGAUGAAGGUGACGACAUGGCUGUAGGUAAGGCCACAUAAACUACAAAUGGUGAUGCAUUAGAGGAUCAUAAAUCAGAAAAGAAGAAAAAGAAAGAAAAGAGGAAAUUGGACCAUGAGAUGGAGCUUCAUGAUCAGGCUGUAGGUGAUGGUGGCAAUGGGGUUACAAGUGAGCAUGAUAGAGCAGUUAA